AUGGAAAAAAUUAUAUUCACAGACCAUCCUGUUAGACCUUCUUCAUUAGACCUUCCUACGUUAGACCUUCUUUCAUUAGACCUUCCUUCAUUAGACCUUCCUUCGUUAGACCUUCCUUCAUUAGACAUUUCUUCGUUAGACGUCCCUUCAUUAGACGUUCCUUUCGUUAGACCUUCCUUCAUUAAAGCUUCCUUCAUUAGACCUUCCUUCAUUAGACAUUCCGUCGUUAGACCUUCCUCUAUUAGAAAUUCCUUCGUUAGACCUUCCUUCAUUAAACUUUCCUUCAUUAGACCUUCCUUCAUUAGACAUCCCUUCGUUAGACGUUCCUCUAUUGGAAAUUCCUUCGUUAGACCUUCCUUCAUUAAACCUUCCUUCAUUAGACCUUCCUUCAUUAGACAUUCCUUCGUUAGACCUUCCUCUAUUAGAAAUUCUUUCGUCAGACCUUCCUUCAUUAAACCUUCCUUCGUUAGACCUUCCUCUAUUAGAAAUUCCUUCGUUAGACUUUCCUUCACUAAAGCUUCCUUAAUUAGACCUUCCUUCAUUAGAUAUUCCUUCGUUAGACCUUCCUCUAUUAGAAAUUCCUUCGUCAGACCUUCCUUCAUUAAACGUUCCUUCGUUAGACCUUCCUUCAUUAGACAUUCCUUCAUUAGACCUUCCUCUAUUAGAAAUUCCUUCGUCAGACCUUCCUUCAUUAAACCUUCCUUCGUUAGACCUUCCUUCAUUAGACCUUCCUCUAUUAGAAAUUCCUUCGUCAGACCUUCCUUCAUUAAACCUUCCUUCGUUAGCCCUUCCUUCAUUAGACAUUCCUUCAUUAGACCUUCCUCUAUUAGAAAUUCCUUCGUCAGACCUUCCUUCAUUAAACCUUCCUUCGUUAGACCUUCCUUCAUUAGACAUUCCUUCAUUAGACCUUCCUCUAUUAGAAAUUCCUUCGUCAGACCUCCCUUCAUUAAACGUUCCUUCGUUAGACCUUCCUUCAUUAGACAUUCCUUCAUUAGACCUUCCUCUAUUAGAAAUUCCUUCGUCAGACCUUCCUUCAUUAAACCUUCCUUCGUUAGACCUUCCUUCAUUAAAACUUCCUUCAUUAGACAGCCACUACAAAGACGAAUAUCUUUUAAUAUAUUUUAA